CGUUUCCUUUUUGUUUUCUCGGGCCCGAGGCCUUCCUUGGAAACCAUUCAAAAGGGUAGCGCGGCCUUCGCGCAGUCUGCAAGACUUGCACCCGCCUGUCACCUUCGUCUACCUCCUGAGCUGCAGCUAUGACUUCCCCUGAGUUCGCGUUCGCGACGAACCUGACGCCGAACAACUACGAGGACGAGCACACCGCAGUGGACAUGGGGGAGCAGCAGCCGCCAAUCGCGCUACCCUCGCUGCCCAUACGAUUUCUAGACUCGGCGAGCCAGCAAGUCCUGACGGCGGACGGCACGCAGGUCGUACCUCAGCCGUCCGCAUACCAACGGGAGCCCCGCCGCAAGCGCAAGAGCGACGACCCCGGGCACAUACCGCGCCCGCCCAACGCGUUCAUCCUCUUCCGCAUCGACUUCGUGAAGAGAGGGAGGCUGCCGGGGAACCUGGAGACCCACGCGAGCCUGAGCAAGAUGGCAUCUGAGAAGUGGCGAGCACUUACCCCGCCGGAGCGCGCGUACUGGGACGCGCAGGCCGAGAUCGAGCGACGCGCGCACCGGCUCAAGUACCCGCAAUUCGACACCAAGCAGUAUGCGAACAAGGCGAAAGCAGAGAAGCGCAAGCCAGCCCCUCCACCGAAGCCACGCCAUAUCUCUGUGCCGCACCGCGACCUCCCUCCCGACCUACCCCCACAGCCUAGGGCUCGUCCAGGGGCACAAUUAGCGGCCACAGCCCAACAGUCCAUGCCCAAUAGCCAGCCACACCCGGAGCAAUGGCAACAGGAGGGCGUCUUCAUGACAAACAACUGGCAGGACGCGGUGCUUCAGAAGCAACUCGUAGAAGUGCAGUGCGGGAAGCACCAGCGUCGCUAUCCUCCCGUUCCGCCGCCGGGGGACCUCGGAACGCCGAUGGACGAGGACGGCGGUAAUCCUUUCGAGAAGUCAGACUUCGACUACUACUAUGAGCGCAUGAUCAACGCCCAGGCUUCGCUAGCGGUGUCCGUAGGGCCUCAGAUGCCGCCGCCACCGCUGCCGCUACCUCCUCCAAUGGACGUGGACAUGGACGUGUCGGAGGCGUCGACUCCUUCCCUGGAGUCGGACCAUCCGCAGGAAUGGGCGAAGCAGGAAGAGCCCACUACAGUGCAUCUUCCACCGCCGCCACCUCCCAAGCCAUGCCUUGCCCGGACACGAGAGGCUGCUUUCCCUUACUCGUACUUCGCCGAAUCCAAGCCUGACGAUGACACUGGCUUUGAAGUUGUCUCCCCUAUCUACCAGCGUCUCGUAGGAGCCAAGGAGCCUUCCAAGGAAACCACUCCACAGCCUAUGGCGACAUAGCCGCAUCGCCCUCCUACCACCCUUGCUGUCCUCCAUCUUGCUCUAUCUACCGACGUCCUUGUAUAUCUGUUUUCCUGCUACGUUCUCGCUCCCUGUAAAUAUACCUUACCUGUGCUCGUCUUGCUUGCCUAUUACUUCUCGGCCGAGCGCUCUGCUUGGCACAUACUACCCAGGACUUUCGGGACUGGGCGCCUCGUCGUAUUGCUGUGCAUCGCUUUCUUCAUACUACUGUACUCCUCCAUCUCCUGCUAAUGUUUACAUAUGAUUAUG